GGUUUUGCACUUUUGAGCUAGUACGUAGUGCUAAUAGCUCUUCAUUGAUGGCUGAUUAGUGUUCACAUUCACUCAUUGCGAACUGGCAUUAGCUAAAUAACUAGUUUCGAGAUACUUUCUGUGAAAAUUCUAGUAGGAAAUCAACAAUCUUUAGGGCCAUCUCAAUUUUUACGGAGAUGGGCAAUCAUCAACAGCAUAAAACGAAGAUAGUGCCUUUUAACAAACUGUGUUCAAAAUGUGAACACUGGGUUCAGAUUCCCUGGGGAAACUGGAGGUCAUGACUUCGUACUUUUAUGGAAGUGUAGAUAUAUAUUAGUGAGGAGUCCCAAAUGUAGCAAGCAUCAGUUGACCAGUCUUUUGCCAUACUUUUUCUUACGUCUGACAUUAGUCAAUGACGAAAAUUUUCUGUAAGUUAUAAGUAUUUCCAAAAAACACCUUAGUAAAUUACAUGUAUACACAAAUAUCAAUCAGUAACAACCAGGUUUUCCUGAAAACAAUUGUUUAGAAUUCAGAGGUAGUUUAUCAAACAAUUUAUUUUCUUCUUUUAACCCAGGGGAAAUUUGGAAAGCCUGGUGCACCUGGUAUACCUGGACCACCUGGAAGAUUAGGCCAAGACGGUCUACCUGGACCUCCUGGACCAGCUGGUUUUCCUGGACCUAAAGGCGACAAAGGAUAUCCAGGGACUCAGGGACCUAAAGGUGAAAAGGGUGUAAAAGGUGAAACAACUGAUGUGGAUGCAAUGCCUGGGCCAGAUGGAGACAUUGGUGAACCAGGAGUGAAAGGAGAUCGUGGUGAUCCAGGCCCUUAUGGACCAAGAGGUUUACCUGGUGGACGUGGACCACGAGGAGACCCUGGACCUAAAGGUGAUCCAGGUCCUGGAUAUGCACAAGUAAUUAUAGGUGAACCAGGAAGGAAAGGAGAAAAAGGUCUGCCAGGAUUAGAUGGAAAACGUGGAAAGACAGGACGACCUGGAAUUCCUGGAACGAAAGGAGAAAAAGGUUUCCCUGGUCGAGAGGUAUAUGGAAGGAAAGGUGAAAAGGGUUCACGUGGAUUUCCAGGACCCAUUGGACCACCUGGUGAUCGAGGAGCUUCAGGUAUACCAGGUCCUAUUGGUGACCAGGGGGAAAUAGGUCCUAGUAUUGAUGGUCCUCCUGGGCCUAAAGGAGUUAAAGGUCAACCUGGUUUACCUGGCAUACGUGGGCGUGAGGGUGAUCCUGGUCCUGCUGGAGAAAAAGGGGAUUGCAUUAUGUGUCCAGACGGAAGACCUGGUUUACAAGGACCGAAAGGUUUCCGAGGUCAACCUGGAAUUCCUGGUGAACCAGGAUUGGAUGGCUCACCAGGACAAAAGGGAUUACCUGGAGCCCAAGGACGAGAUGGUCUUGUUGGGGUACCUGGUCAAAAGGGUGAGAAAGGUGAACGUGGAAAUGAUGGUUCACGUGGACCCAAAGGUGAACCAGGUCCUGUUGAAAUAGUAAAUGUCACUGUACCAGAAGCACCACGUGGCGAUGUUGGUCGUCCUGGUCGUGCUGGAGUAGUCGGUGAACAAGGUCCGAAAGGUUUUCCUGGUCCUAAAGGCUUACCUGGGCCAGAAGGUCCUAAGGGCGACAGUGGACUGCCAGGAUUACCAGGUUUUAGUGGAACAGUAGGAAAACCUGGAAGACGUGGUGAACCAGGUCGUGAUGGAAUUGUAUUCGAUGCACAAAAAGGAGCUCCGGGUAUUCCUGGCAGAGAUGGCAUUAAGGGUGAAAAAGGAGAAAAAGGAGACAGAGGAAUGGAUAAUAUUGUUGAUCAAAUAUUCGAGUAUAUCAAAGGUGAAACCGGUCCGAAAGGAUACCCAGGAGACAAAGGAUUAUCAGGAUUCCCAGGAGAAAAAGGCAGAGAAGGUGAGAAAGGAAUUGCUGGAAUACCUGGAAAACAGGGUAAACCAGGUUUUCCUGGUCUACAAGGAGCUGCAGGUGAACGGGGAGACAAAGGUUUUAUGGGUCCCAAAGGACCGAGAGGUAUUCCAGGUCCAUCAGGAGAACCAGGAAGAAAGGGAGUAAAAGGUCUACUUGGCCCAAAAGGUCUUCCUGGACCUGCUGGUGACAUAGGUGAACGUGGUCCAUCUGGUCUACCAGGUUUCUCAGCGACCGGAGAAAAAGGUGAGGUAGGUACACAAGGAUUCCCCGGUCCUCCAGGUAGAAAAGGAGUUCCGGGUAUUAAAGGUGAAAAAGGAGUUAGGGGAACUGAUGGACUACCAGGAUUAAAUGGUUCAAAAGGUGAAAUAGGUGAUCGGGGACCUAAGGGGGAAACUGGAGAACCGGGUGAGGUUUAUCAAGGAAUAAAAGGGCCAAAAGGUAUGAAAGGUGAAACCGGUCUUCCUGGUGUUGAUGGCCCUAAAGGAGAUUCAGGAGAAGACAGAUUCCCUACAAUUGCAAUGAAAGGCCUUCCUGGUCCACCAGGGCCUCGUGGACCUGAAGGACCGAAAGGUUUACCUGGAAAUACAGGGUUACCUGGGAGAGUUGGUCCUAGUGGACCUAGUGGAGCACCUGGGUCUCCUGGUGAGAAAGGUGAUGCUGGCCAACCUGGAACAUUCGGCCCCAAAGGGUUGCCUGGAGAACCUGGAGAUGAUGGUGUAGAAGGUCCGAGGGGUGAAACUGGUGACGAGGGGCCAAGAGGUCUUCCUGGAUCACCAGGACCCAAAGGAUUAUCUGGUUUAAUGGGUCCUAAGGGACUUCCAGGAGAACCAGGAGGAAUAGGAGUUGGAAUUAAAGGACAAAAAGGUUUACCAGGACUCAAAGGUAUAAAAGGUUUCCCAGGUGAACCAGGAGAUGAUGGAAUACCUGGAAAUAAAGGUCUUCCAGGUCUAGCCGGAGUAGCUGAAAAAGGUGAGAAAGGUGAAAAAGGAUUAAAAGGUGCUCAAGGACUACCUGGAAUAAAGGGUAGACCAGGUCAAAUGGGUCCAUUAGGAGAGACAGGUGAUCCUGGUCCGACUGGCCCCAUUGGUGAAAAAGGAGAUCAUGGAGUGCCAGGUCCAGCUGGUCGUCCUGGUCGAAAUGGCAUAGCCGGCGAGCCUGGCGACUUAGGACCAAGAGGACUACCGGGGCUACCUGGACCAUUGGGCGAUAAAGGUGAAAAGGGCUCACGCGGUACAACUGAUCGAUUAGCUGAUGUUGGACCAAAAGGUGAAAAAGGUCAACCUGGUAUAGUAGGUCCACCUGGACCCAAAGGUUUACAAGGUCCGAAAGGUGAUCAAGGAAUUCAGGGGAUAUCUGGUAAAGAUGGUCUACCCGGUCAACCAGGACCUAUGGGCCCUAAGGGAGAAAAAGGUGUACCCGGAUCACCAGGACCAAGAGGAACUGAGGGGCAACCAGGUCUAAAAGGUCCCAAGGGAUUUGUCGGCCCUAAAGGAUUUCCAGGAUCAGUUGGUCCUCCUGGAGAACGUGGUCCAACAGGAGACCGAGGUGAAUUAUUAAGAUCCCCAGUCGGACCAAAAGGUGAACGUGGCUUGCUUGGACCACCUGGAGCUGUGGGUCGCAAAGGUGAGCCCGGGGAACCUGGAGCGAGAGGAGCUCCAGGUGAAGUGGGUGAACCCGGUCCAGAUUUACUUGGAGCACCUGGAGAGAAAGGAAGUCCUGGGCCUACAGGUAGACCUGGGGUUCCUGGGAUGAGAGGACCUAAGGGAGUCAAAGGUGUUUCACCUCGAGAGCCUGGCGAACCUGGCCCAAGAGGUGCUGAUGGACCCCCAGGUAUUAAAGGCGAACGUGGUUCUAAAGGAUUUGAUGGUUCAAUUGGUAGAAAAGGAUUACCAGGUUUAAAAGGUGAGCAAGGUGCUAAAGGAUUCCCAGGGAAAACAGGUAGACCAGGUGAAAUCGGCGAGAAAGGUGACAGAGGAUCUACAGGACUUCCGGGAGAUAAAGGCAGUAAAGGAAUAAAAGGUGAAAUAGGCCGACCGGGAUUACAAGGUCCUAAAGGAGAUACUGCGAUCUCUGUUUUGGGAGUAAAAGGCGAAAAAGGAAUACGAGGAGAUGAUGGCUUCAUGGGUCCCAAAGGUUUACCAGGAAUCGAUGGAGCCCCUGGAGCUCCUGGUCCAAGAGGUGAACCUGGAGAUGUUGGAGAACCAUCACCAGUAGGUCCGAAAGGUUACCCAGGUCCCACGGGUGAGAAGGGAUUUAUGGGUCCAGAAGGACCAAAAGGUGAUGUUGGUCCAGUUGGAGAACAAGGAGCGCCAGGAGGCAUUGGCGACACACGUGGUAACACAGGACACUUAUUCACUGUUCAUAGUCAGACUGCACGCAUCCCGUCAUGUCCGUCAUCAACUCGUAAAUUAUGGGAUGGUUAUUCAUUUUUAAGUAUGACUGGAUCGGAUCGAGCUCAUGUUAACGAUCUAGCUAGUCCUGGUUCAUGUCUACAAUUAUUUAAUCCAAUACCGUUUAUGUUUUGUGAAAAACAAGAAAAUUGUUAUUAUGCUCAACGAAAUGAUCGAAGCUAUUGGCUGAGUACAGAAGAAGAACCAAUGAUGUGGAAUCCAGUUCCAGCAAAUGAAACUCAAAGAUAUAUAAGUAGAUGUGCAGUUUGUGAAGCUUCCAGUAAGCUUUAUGCUUUCCAUUCGCAAACUUUGAAGAUUCCUAAAUGUCCUGAUGGUUGGUCCACUCUGUGGCCGGGAAGUAGUUUCUUUAUGAAUACUGGUUAUGGAGCACAAGGUGGAGGACAACAGCUAGCAUCUCCAGGUAGUUGUUUACCACAGUUCCGAUCUCAUAUGUUUAUUGAAUGUACUGCUAAAGGUUUAUGUGGAUUUUUUGAAGAACAUAAAAAUUUCUGGUUACGUGUUAUGCCUAGUUCUAUGGAUGAGCAUAUGUUUGGCAUGGUAAUGGGCACUGUAAUCAAAGUACGUAAUAGUCAAGAUUCAGUUGGUAAAUGUGCUGUAUGUAUGAGAACACAACCAUUGUCAACAUUAUUUUAUUUAAAUUAAUCAUGCUUUUAAUUUCAUUGUUUAAGCAUUACACAUAAUAAUACUUUCUCUUUCUUCUGUUUAUUAAAACAAAACAAAUUAUUGUCAGAAUUUUUAAAUUUAAAAUAACUAUGUUAUUUUAUUUUUUGAGAAAAAAAAGUUUCCAAAAUGUAUUUAUUAUCAUGUUGGGAUAAAUUUUGUUUGGCUUAUUUAUAACAAUUAAAAGUUCCAAGAUCUAAGAUAAUAAAACCAAAGAUAGUUACAUCAUUUAAAACAACUAUUUCUGCUUUGAAUACAUACGCAUAAAGUAAAGUUUCAUUGGACAUUGAAAAGUUAAAUGGCGUUUUUUAAAUGAUCCAAACUAAAUCUCAAUAAAUGCAAGAUUAUUUUACAUCUAUUCUAAAAGAGGUUUUUAUCAAUACACAAUAUAAUAUUAUGUUGAAAACUUUUUUUUAAAAAAGCAAACUACUUCAUAAUUUACCCAAAUACCAAUUUAAAAAAUAGCAAUUUUUUAAAUUUAACUUUAUUCUAAAUAUAUACAUAUUCACUGAUUUUAUUAUAAUAAUUACUACAGUUAAAGGUUUUGCUAACUGUUAACUGAGUGUUCAAUAUGCCCACCCCUCAAGUCAGUCAAUGAAAGAAAUAAACAUUAAGGGGGUCUUGCAUAUUCAUACUAUAACAUAUUUGUGUUAGGCUGCUUUUGAAUAUAUUUCUUCAAAUAUUUAGGACUUUAUUGGAUUGACGGAUCUUUUUUUUGAGCACAAAUAUACGUGUUAACCAUUGCUUCUUUAUUAAAAAAACUUUUAUUUUUCAGUGUUAGCCUUAACAAGAAGAUAUAAAUAUUGUAAAAUUUUGACAAUCUAGUGUUUUUGUCAUUUAUUUAAUGUUUCUGUUCUUUUCUAGUCUGAAAUUGUUCUUUUUUUCAAAAUGUUAAAACAUAAAUAAUAAAUUUGAUGACCUAAUUUUAAUGAUUUUCUUUACUGGCAUUGAUAACUCGGUGCAUAGUAUUGAUGCUGGGUAACCAACGAGCCAAUUAUUUUGUCAAAGGGCCACAUAAACCCAGUUGUGGAGCACUUUAACAUACAAAAACGUUUAAAUCCUAAGUAAAAUACUGUAAUAUAUAUCACCUAUCAAUGAAACUAAUGUUUACUCAAAAAAUUAUCAGGAUAAUCUCUGUUACUACAUCAGUAAGAUAAGUGCAAAUAUACAUUGUUUCAUAACUAGUACGCGAUGAUCGGGAAUCAUUUCACUUGUCGUAAUACAUAAACCUUUCUCAACAUUUGCGUCUGUUUGCUAAUAUAUGAAUUCGCAACUGUUGAAUUUUGUACAUGACAACCUGUUAGUGAUUACGGGUUGACCGAGAAAGGUAGAUAUUUGUGGGGAGUUUGAACUCUAUUCAUGUUAUUAUACUAGUGAUGAGUUCGUUUAUGCUGUUGUCAACUUCGAGGUGUGUUAGUUGCAUGUGGAGAUCACAAUUAACUGUCUCAGUGAAGCGGUUGGAAAAUUGUUGUAAGAUGUGAACUCUUUGAGAUGUUUGGAACGUCAUUAGAAUUUAUUUUGGAGCAUCAAAAUUUGUUGACUAUAUUCCUGAUCAGACUGUGAAGAGAUAGUUUGUGUGUCUAGUGUGUUGGAAAAUGACCGUAGUUCUUUAGAUUUGUCAGGUAAAAACUGAGUAUGAUUUCAAACGCUUUAAUUUCUGCGUACAGUUUAUCUGUAAACACACCCUGCAAUUUCCUAUUGAGGUAAUUUAGUAUGCCGAAAAUAUUAGCAGCAAAUCAGAAUACCAUCACGUUGUUUUUAUCUUAUUAAUAAUAAUCCUGCGUAGAAUGUUUUCGAUUUCAAGGAAUACCACAAUUUCUCUCCGAUAUCCCAAACUCUUUCCAGUAAGUUUCAAAAGUAUAGGCAAAAAACUUCAGUACGAUAAAGUGCAUCAGAGUAUUUUGUUUCAGUAGUUCUGUGGAGGGUUUUGAAUUUUCAUACGGGUGUUAUUUUUGCCUAUUUCUGAUCAAUUGAGCAGUAAAUCCCAGCUUUAAAUAUCAAUCGUCACUUGUUACAUAAUCUCCUACACUAGCUGUAAUAAAAUUACUUGAUUCCGUCACAGUUUUACAUAAACAGAUAAUAAACUAGUGAAUGUUUUAUUUGUUGACAAAACCAUCGGUUUCAAUUAUUCACUUUUAAAAUGAGCUACUUAUACAAAGUAAAUUCCUCAUUAAUCAUUGUUAUCUGAAUAUAUGCUAUGCAAGACUUCGCAGAUGACCUAGCCAUC